UUAUUCCUCAAUUGCAUCCCCCCCCACAUCUCCUUCACUCUCAAAAUCAGCAAAUCCCCAAUUUGGGAGGGCCAAACCCUAGCUAAAUCAGUCGUCUCCCUCGCCGUCUCGCGGUCUUCCACCGCACCGGAGUUCUCGUCCUCCUAGCUCGGGUCGGAUUCUCCUCGGAGCUGAGAGGCCUAUCCUCAUUCAAGCGGCAAUAGUGAUGUUCUCUUCGCGAGGGAACUGCUGGCGUUGCCUCCUUCUUCUCGCGACGUCAUUGUUCGUCGUCACUGGAGUCACAUCGUCGGAGGAGGAGAGGAGUGAUCGCCUCUCUCUCUCCCUCUACGCAUACGCCCCUUGAUCUAUGUCUCUCGGUUCCAGCCCUUGGUCUCAGCCUCCCUUACUCGUUAACUCACCAGAAUUUCAAAGAUUUGGUGAUGGAGAAGGCAAGGGCUGGGGUGAUACCCUUUAUAUAGGGUGAUGUGCAACUGAAAGCAGCAAAAUGGCUGAUGUACUUGGCUGGAAAAAGGGAUUCACAGGUGCACUCAGGAGAUGGCAUUUGUGGCUGAUUUCCUUGACCAUGGCAGUUCUAAAUGCAGGUGGUACAAGCUGUCAACUGCGGUCUUGCAGUGUGCAGUUGUGGGAGGGGAAUUUGCUGCCUGAUCUUGCCCUUCUCAGCCCAGCCCUGCCUCACCUUUCCGAAAGGUGCUGGCAGCCUCGCGCGGCUAGCCGCGGAGAGAGUGCUCCUUUGAUGUCUCGCCCAUUCGGGCAUUUUCUGAAAUCUGGACCGAGGCGGCCUAUUGAUGAAAAUCAACAUAGUUGCUAGGGCUUCAACCAUGUAAUAGUGUAGCUCGACUUAAACUUAUUUCCCAACUUGUACGAAAGUUCGACAAAAGUGGGUGUGUAAUUGUACUUUAUUAGCUUUGAAAUUCUGGAUACUUAUAUUUAUACUCUUUUUCAAGAAAUAAAAACACUCCGUUCUUUAUUAAAA